GAAGCCAAUAGAAUAUUCCGCCGUGUCUGAAACGAGUCCAUUUCGUAGGAAGAUUUCAAAACACAAUCUUACUUAUCUGUUUUUUUUUUCUCUCUCUUCUUGUUCAAUCUCUCCAUUAUAAAUAAGUCUGCAUCGUGUGAUAGAAUCUUUAAACAAAACCAUCGACUUAUCAAGAAGAAGAAGAAGAAGAAGAAGAAAAGUUUUUCUUUUGAGAAGAUUGUUACUUUCUUGAUCGAAAAUGGCAUCGAAUGAAGCUGGAAGGGCAUUGCCGAAAUUCGGGGAAUGGGAUGUGAAUGAUCCGGCGACAGCGGAUGGAUUCACGGUGAUAUUUAGCAAAGCCGGUGAAGAUAAAAAGACUGGACGGAGUUCGACGAAGACAAAUUCUCAGAGGAAACAAGACGGUGAUAAACCAGCGGUCAAGAAAUGGCUCUGUUUCACUUUUACUUGAUCUUUUUUUAUUGUGGGUAAAUUUUAAUCCUAAGAGAAUUUAGCUUUGAGCCUUAUGAGCCAUUUGAUAACUUUUGUGUUAGAACAUUUCAUUUCGUUUUUAGUCAUCUAAUAAAACAAAUUCUGAGGUUUUGUUUCCUAA